AGAAGCUCUUUGUGGCUGAACCAGCUUCAUUUCAACGCGCAUAUUAAUUUAACCUCUCCUAAAAAAAAACACUUCAGUGAUGAACCGUCAGAGCAAUAUUCCGUUUAACCCUUUAGCGGUACCAAUAUGUUCUGCUCCAAUUUAUCUAUCACAGCUACCUGGAAGAGUUCCCCAAGACUUCAUAGCAGCUAUGAACAACAUCCCAGCGAUGUCAGUAGACAACCCAAACAUCCGGACAUCUGACAUUGUUGUUAACACGGUACCACUGCAGAAACGUGCAGUGAAAACCUCUGCUACUAAAUGGAGGUCUUCAUUCAAACCAGUAGGCGAAGAUGGCGACUUUCAAGACCAAAGCACAAGCAGUCCAGAAACGGAGAUUUAUGACCCUUACGACCCCAUAUUGUCAGACUCUGAGCGUGAGAUGCCACCAAGCAAAGACCACAAUCAAUGCCCAUCCAACCAGGAUAACAUGCUGGGGCAAAGACCUUUGUCUCUAAAUAAAAGCUCCCGUACCAAGAGUCGCUGGGAUGUAUCAAUCUUUGAUCUACAGAGACAACACUUAGACCGUGAAACCAAACCCACAGAGAAUCGAGGUCUCAGUCAUACACUGCCUGAACAACGAGCCUAUAGCCAAGACACUGAAUCACUUAAGCAACCAGGGUAUGGCUCAAUAGGUAGACCUCUGGACCACAGGGUCUGCAUCCCUGACAGGAUUAUUCAUGGCUCCUCCACACAACAGUUUCCUGCAUCUUAUGGAGGACAGAGGACCAACGGGGAGGAGACAGUAACCGUGCCAGAAUACAGGAUAGAGAUGACCACUGCUGUUAGAUUAUCCCCAUCCAGGUUACAGCAGGACUUUCAUCAUCAUUUGGGGCAAGCAAAAACAGGACAGGACCACAUCACAUCAUCCAAAAAGGUGACAGGGGACAGGACGAAAAAUAUAAUAAUGGACAAGAACCCGAUCACCUGUGACCUUUGUGAUGUUGAGUUGGCCAAUGCACAGGAGCUGGAGGAUCACUUGGACAGCAGAAGCCAUUGGAAUACACUAGAGUACAUUCAGCAGCAGAAUAAUUAUAGUGAUAUGGCUAUAGCUUUCCUACAGGAAGUCAUGCUGUAUAAAAGCCAUCAGUGUAGCCGGGCCAUAGAGGACAGUGCUCUUCAAUCUCUGCAGGAAAAUGACCACAUGACAAAGGUGGAACUGUUCCACUGUGCGGCUUGCAAUGUCUUCGUGGCCACAUCUGCAUCGACGGUGCAGAGUCACAUUACUUCUCAGGAGCACCUGUCCAACACGACGGAGUUUGAAGUGCAGCAGCGACAUGCUUGCCUCAGCAAAGCAGAAACCAUAAUGAAGGAGCUCCAUCCUCAGUUUGAACAGUUCAUGAAGGGUUGCAGCCCAUUUGAAUGACAGAAUCACUGGAAGCAUCCGCUAUACUGUUUAAACUGAAAUGUUUCUUCAGAUGAAGAACAAUGGACAUCUUCUUCUACUUUUGGCUGUUGCCAUUAGGAGUCACCACAGCGAAUGAUCUGUGGACGUAAAACAGCUAAAUUUGAAUCUCAGCACCACAAGUGCUGAGUCAGUACUCCUGUACAGUACGUUGUGUAGUGAGCAUACUAUGUAUGUGACUUGGCAGAAUAAACUUAAGCAUCAUCACUCCAGGUUUGUUCACACAGCAUGGAUUUUUUUUUAAAUACCUUUGCACAUAUGAUUUGUCAUGUUUGUCCAUAGUAAUAUUAGGGUUCCCAGGGUAU